UCACGGAGAGAGCAGCCGUUUUGUGUUGUGAGUGAGUGAGUGAGACCGAGAGGACGCUGAGCCGCGGGAAGGAGGCCAGUAUUGAUAAUAUUUACCGUGAAACAGUGUCUCUUCCUUCGACUGGACUUAUUGUACAAAUCCUCUUUGGACUGCGGAAGAAGCGGCAGUAAAUACAUCCACCAUCCCAGAUGGCGGUGUCUCAGGAUAAUCGCUGGCAGAAAGAUGCCGCCGACCAGAACUUCGAUUACAUGUUCAAAUUGCUGAUCAUCGGCAAUUCUUCGGUGGGCAAGACGUCGUUUCUCUUCCGAUACGCCGACGACUCCUUCACCUCCGCCUUCGUCAGCACCGUAGGAAUAGAUUUCAAGGUUAAAACGGUCUUCAGGAAUGACAAGAGAGUCAAGCUUCAGAUUUGGGAUACAGCCGGGCAAGAGCGGUAUCGCACCAUAACUACGGCCUACUACAGGGGAGCGAUGGGCUUCAUCCUAAUGUAUGACGUCACUAAUGAAGAGUCCUUUAACAGUGUCCAAGAUUGGUGUACGCAGAUUAAGACCUACUCCUGGGACAACGCACAGGUCAUCCUCGUGGGCAACAAGUGUGACAUGGAGGACGAGCGAGUCAUCUCCUACGAAAGGGGCAAGCUCCUCUCCGACCAGCUCGGACUCGAGUUUUACGAAACAUCGGCCAAGGAAAAUAUCAACGUUAAGGCUGUGUUCGAACGCCUGGUCGACAUCAUCUGCGACAAGAUGUCUGAAAGCCUGGACACUGACCCCAACAUGAUCAACGCCAACAAAGGAACGAGACUCACAGAGAACCCCCAGCCACAGAAUGGUUCAUGCCAGUGCUAACACCCUUGGGCUUACUAUGAACUGAAGGGAAAAAAGUUAAAAAAAAAACAAACAAAAAAGGUCGCUUCUUUCCUCCCAACCUUCCCCCCUUUUUUUCUCUUUUUCUUGCCUCUCCUCUCUUCUUCUUUCCAGUGAGUUUCAUUUCCCUCUUUUCUUCCUUUCUUAUGGAGAAUUGUCGUGGAUGAGUCUUUUUUUUUUAUGCCGUCUACAUUCUUCUGUUUUUUUCUUCCUCCAGUUGUGAUUGUUCAUCCAUGACCGUAAACAGGCCCAACUCCACAUCCUUGCCUGACCCUGUCCUUCCUUCCUAAACACUGUGGCCUCUAAAAGGACCUCAGCCUCUUUUCUAAGCACUGUGGCCUAUGAAGGACCUCAGCCUCUUUUCUAAGCACUGUGGCCUAUGAAGGACCUCAGCCUCUUUUCUAAGCACUGUGGCCUAUGAAGGACUCAUUUUUAGUGGAGGGGCGUGGAUCAAGAUUCCUUCAGUCAGUGUUUAGCCCGUCAGUAGAAUUAUUUAUAAACUUAAUCACACUCCAUUUUGUUCCAAUUCAGGAGUAUAUGCACCAGGGGCUGAAAGUGAGAGAGAGAGAGAGAGAGAGAGAGAGAGAGAGAGAGAGAGCAAGAGAAAGACAUUUUAUU